AUGGCCAAGAUCAAGAAGAAGGGAACGUCAGGAAAUGCGAAGAACUACAUCACCCGCUCGCAAGCAGUUCGCAAGCUUCAGAUAUCUCUGCCAGACUUCAGACGACUAUGCAUAUUCAAGGGCAUCUACCCGCGCGAGCCUCGAUCGAAGAAACGAGCGUCAAAGUCCUCCACACCGUCGACGACCUUCUACUACACCAAAGACAUUCAAUACCUCCUCCAUGAACCACUCCUUGCCAAGUUCCGCGACCAAAAAGCACUCGCCAAGAAGAUCAGCAAAGCGCUUGGUCGUAAUGAGGUCAGCGAUGCCUCGCGCCUCGAGCGCAACCUUACACCAAAGAUGAAGUUGGACCACAUUAUCAAAGAGCGAUGUCCUACCUUCGUCGAUGCACUAAGAGAUCUAGACGAUGCGCUGAGCAUGCUGUUCCUCUUCGCAAAUUUACCCAGCACAAGCGAUGUGCCCCCCAAGAUCAUUGCGAAAUGUCAGCGAUUGACCAUGGAAUUCGAGCACUACCUGAUUCGGACCCACAGCUUACGAAAGAGCUUUUUGUCAAUCAAGGGAAUAUACUACCAGGCGACGAUACAAGGACAAGACAUCCUCUGGCUUGUGCCUUACAGGUUCGUGCAAAGGACUGCAGGCGAUGUGGACUUCCGCAUCAUGGCCACCUUUGUGGAAUUUUACACCACUUUGCUUGGCUUUGUUAAUUACAGGCUGUAUACGGGCAUUGGUCUGGUGUACCCACCAAAGUUUGAUCUCAAGAGCGAGGAGCAGGGCGCUGAACUGGGCGCAUUCCAACUGGAACACAAGGACGGCAGCUCAGAAGAGGCGGAGCAACAGCAACUGUCAAACGUGGCUGCGAAUGAGAAGACACAAGCAGAGGCCGACAAGCUACUGUCGCUCCCCGCAGAAGAGGAGCCUAUGACUUCGCAAACAUUACAAGGAGACGAGGAUGAAGCGGAGAAUGGCACCAGAACUGCUCUCGAUCAAUUCGAAUCUGUUGAUCCCACCGCGGACUCGCUCCUGCAGCCGUCCAAGACUGCAGAUGUUGAGACAGCUGCCAAGCUUUUCGAACCCUUCACCUUCUAUCUCUCCCGAGAAACACCAAGACAUCCUCUGGAAUUCAUCCUCAAGGCUUUUGGUUGCAAGCGAGUGGGGUUCCCAUCUCUUGAGGGCGAGGCCGGAAGCUAUUGUACGGAAGAUGAUUCCAGGAUUACGCAUCAAAUUGUGGAUAGGCCCGACAUUCCUCUGCCAUCCCCGCCACCAGAGGACGAUGACGACGAGCCAAUGCUUGACGAUGGCGUAGACGACUCGGCAGCCAUACGAAAAGCCAACGAGCGUGUGCCAGGACGGACGUACGUGCAGCCUCAGUGGGUCUGGGACUGUAUCAAUGCCGGGCAGCUCUUGAGAGCCGACCUCUAUGCACCUGGAGCCACAUUACCGCCCCAUCUGAGUCCAUGGGUGAAGGCGAAGCAAGGCGAGUACGAUCCUACGAAGCCUCUUGUUGAGCAGGAGACCGAGGCCGAAGCUGCGGCCGCCGAUGACUCUUCUGAAGAGGAUGACGAGGAGGACGAGAUUGAGGAGGGCAGCGAUGGCGAGGAGGUUGAUGGAGUGCAAAACGACGAAGAAGCUGAGGAGUUGGAGGGCACUCUGCAAGGGCAAGAGGUUGAACAAGGAGAAGGUAUGGACGUGAAUUUGGCCGACUCUGAUGAUGAAUCAGGGUCUGAUGUGGCGAAUGGCGCAGAAGAUGAUGACUUUGGAGGCUUCACCGAUAACGACGAGGAGGAAGAUGAGGCCACGCGGGAGGCAAGAGAGCACCAAGCAGAACUGGAGGCAGAGGCUCUAGGAAAGACAGUGAAGCCGAAGGAUGCCAAAGAGAAGAAGAAGGCUGCGAAGGCUCAAGCCCAAGUCAGGCGGACGAAAGCUGAGCGAGAGGAAGAUGAGGCCAAGGAGAGGGCGAAGAUGAUGUUGUCGAACAGGAAGAGGAAGGCGUACGAGAAGAUGGUGUACAGCAAUGCCAAGAAGGAUGAGGAGUCUGAGAAGCUCAGAAGUAAGCGAAGGAAGCUCGAGAAGGCUGCAGCCAAGGGCAAGGCAUAA